AUGUUUAGCCGACUUGCCCGGCCGGGCGCUUUGCGCGCGGCUUCUAUUCAGACUCCGACCUCCGCUCUCUCACGCUUCCAGAUCCGUGGCCUCCAUCGUAUCCCUCAAUUGCAGCAUGACGCCUAUUAUAAGGAGAAUGGUAUUCCGGAAUUCAUGUCCCCGGAGGCCUUUGACUUCUCCUGGACUCAAUACCAGACCCUGCUCGUGGACAAGCUGAACUUGUUGACCCAAGAUACCGUUGACGCGGACGCCAAACCCGGAGAGUUGCUGGUCAAGUACUCCCGGCGCCCGGAAAUGGCCUCGGUCUUCAACUAUGCUUCAAUGGCUCACAACAACCACUUUUUCUUCAACUGCCUGUCCCCCAACCCUACCAACAUCCCCGAGAAGUUCGCCCGGGACAUCGUCGAUACCUGCUCAUCCGUCGAAUCCCUGAAGCUCGACUUCCUCGCUACCGCCAACGCCAUGUUCGGUUCCGGUUUCGUCUGGCUCGCCAAGAACAUGGAGCGUGAGGGUCUGCUGCAGAUCUUCUGCACCUACAACGCUGGCUCUCCCUACCCAGCCGCCCACUCGCGCCGUCAACCCGUUGACAUGGCCACUCACACCCCCGACGCCCCUCUAGGCAACCAGUUCGCCGGCUCAAUGGGCGCCCACGCCCAGAACCAGAAGACCCUGGCUCCCGGUGCCAUCGAGGUGCAGCCCAUUCUGUGUGUCAACACCUGGGAGCACGCCUGGAUGAUGGACUACGGUAUUGCUGGAAAGGAGGAGUACCUUGAGCGCUGGUGGGAUCGAAUCAACUGGGAUGUUGUUUUCGAUAACUACAAUGCUGUUGGCUCUGCGAAGGGUGCUCGCACUGGAGCUACCCGAUCUCGGGGUCUGAGCUUGCCUUGA